AUGACUGUCAACGGCACCAACGGGGAUUCCCCGUCUCUCGGCGAACUUAAGCAUAUCUCGUCGACUCGCUUAACUCCCAGCCUCAGCAUCCAUUCAUUCUCUAUUCUUACAAACCAUGAGUUCAGUCGGGGCUUCCGUCCCAGUCAACACCUGACACUACAAUUCCCGCCCGAUCUAGACCCUGUGUCGGGACCCCAGAAUUUAUCAGACCAGGAAAGAUGUCUUUCUUUCACUCCUUUCCAUUCACAGUAUGCGGAAGAUGGAACCAUCGAGAGCAUCUCUCUUAUGGCGCGUAAUGGCCGCGUUACCGGGCUGUUGGGACUCCCAAGGCCGCAUGGACCAUUAGUCGCUAAGAUUGUUGAGGUCGGUGGCGGAUUCCCCUCUAAGAUCAUAGAGCAGGCCACCCAAGCGUUAUGUAUUGCUGGUGGUACUGGUAUUGCACCAUUCAUUGCUAUGGCGGCGGCGAAAAACUGCAGCCGCAAUACCAAUGAUCUGAAGCCUAGUCUCAUCUGCAGCAUUCGUGGGGAUGACUUUGGAGUUAUCGAGUAUCUCUGGAACCACGAGAUGCUCUACCCGCGAGACUGGGAUGUGGUUCGCAUUUUUGUGACGCCUGGAGAAGAAACUGGUGGGAUGGCUUCCGGCAAGCCACAGAGCUGGUGGCAUCAGCGCUUUAAGGAGCUCUUACAGGACCAUAGCGACAGUGAUGUUUUCCGUCUUGGGAGAAUGGAGACAGAAGAUUUGGAGGAUUUCAAUAAAGAUACAGAUGGACCAGUGCUAUUUUGUGGAAGCAAGCAAUUGGAGUGGCAAGUCAAAAUGUGGUUUCUUGGGAAGAAAGAUAUCCAUUGUACAGAGAGAUAG